UAAUCGCAAGCGCGGCGCGGCAAUUCCGAAUAUUUCUAAUCAGCCGAACCGCUCGUCGUUCGCUUUUCACUCGCGCGAUAUAUCAUCGGAGGAAUCCAGGGUCCGAGCCGCAGGCACGUCAAGUCAACUAAACAUAAAACGAGUAUACAAUGUCGGAUAGCGUGGAAAACGGUUCGCCAGCGGCGGCUACGCCCCCCAGCGAAGGCCUCUCGGCCUUGAAGAUCGACGCCGGUGCCGAAGGGACCGGAAGUUCCGGGCCGGCGAGUCCGGCAAGCCCAGCAGGCGCCGGAUCGUUCACGGCGAGUUUCAAGGCCUUCUCAAAGUUUGGCGACCCAAAAAGCGACGGCAAACAAAUAACGCUCAGUCAGAGUGACAAGUGGAUGAAGCAGGCCAAGGUCAUCGAUGGGAAGAAAAUCACGACCACUGACACGGGGAUAUACUUCAAAAAACACAAAUCCGUCAAGCUGGGCUUGGAACAGUACAAAGCGUACCUAGAUGAUCUUGCGAAGAACAAGAAAGUCGAUGUGGAGGAGCUCAAAAAUAAAAUGGCCAACUGCGGGGCGCCCGGAGUCUCGUCGCAUGCGGCAGGAAAGGCGGCAUCGACGGUGGACAGACUAACGGAUGUGAGCAAGUACACGGGAUCGCACAAGCAGCGGUUUGACGAAAGUGGAAAAGGAAAAGGGAUAGCAGGGCGGAAGGACCUCCCCGACCAGUCGGGAUACGUGACUGGGUACCAAAACAAGGACACCUACAAAGCGCAUUAACCGAAUUUGAAGUACUCGCGUGUAGCCUUCGAUCAAAAAUCCGCACAAGAUGCUUUAUUAUUUUUCAACGUUUCGAAGCUCGGCCGCGUGUGCUUUUUAGGCACGUCUGAUGCCCGGAGCACCAAACGAGCUUUACAGUAAAUAAGUGCGGGAUGAGCACAGCUACAUCACAGUUUCAGCAAUCGUAUAACCCAUCGAUGUUGUACAAGAUAAUUAGUAUGAGGAUAAGAUUAUUCACGUACAAAUUCAUCUACGUAAGAUUACGGAUAGUUUCUCGUGCAAUUGUCUCUAUAAAAUAUAAGAUCAUCCUCAUUUUCAUCUAUAUAAUCAAGAAGAUAAGGAUAAAAAUUGGUAAUUCUGUUACACAGAGAACAAAAGAAUUGUUGUCCCAAAAAAUAUUUCGGAAUAAUUUUUUUUUUCUUUUUAACAACGGACGGUUUGGUAAAAUAAAGAAAAGCUUAGAUCAAGCAACGAAAUAUUAUUUCCAACACUCCAAAGAAAACUUGGCUCGUAGAAUCUUUUUUCUUUAGAAGAGUUUCCUUUAGAGAGACGUUUUAUUUAAUUAUUUAUUUUUCCGAAAUUGCGUCACAGACCUAACUCUGAAUCGCGUCGCCUAAUAUCGUUCAGCAAAGAACCACGACCUUAUCUUUAUCAAGUCGUACAAAAAAAUGUACAGCGGAUUUAUUUAGAUGAAUAUGAAAGACGAACUUGACUCACAUUAUCUCCGUAAGAUAAAGGAUCAGGUGAAUAUGUCUAAGAUGAUUAUUUUAUAUAAUAUUAUCUAGAUAACGUACAACACGGGUUACGUGAUCUGCGGCUUUUUCUUUACCGUGCUUGGCACGAGACUCUGUCACGCCUCUUCACACGAACAUUACGAUGACUGGUGUCGAUUUGCAUUUAGGCGUAACGCACAUGCCUUCGUUGAAGUUGAGCUUCUUCGAAGUCCAGAGGAACCGUUUGAUCUGCUUCAACUGGCAAUUACCGCAUAAUCAACAAGAUUAAUCUGUUUUUGACACGACUUUUUCUACACAUAUUUGCACGAGUACUUUUUUAUUGUACCGCAGUGAAAAAAGUCUAGAAAUUGUAACAGGAAAUCAAGAUUACUGUGUAAUAAAAAAUCCUUGGAUGAUUUUUGCUCGUUAUCCUUGUUUCUUGAGUUGCUCAGGGUUACUUCAUCGACAAUUUAUGUACGCGUUUCUCGUACCGAAUCACCAUACUUGUGCACAAUCACGAUCAGUUUCCUUCCAGGAUGCAUAUAUUAUACGUAGUGCGAAUAUCCGGGGUGUUUUAGUUCAAUUCGAUUAGCCUCCUAUGUUGAAUUCUGUGAUAUUUAACAAAAUAUUGAUAUUCACUGCAGCAAGAGAGACAAUUUUUGUAAAUUUGAAGUUUGCGAAAGGUAUUAUUCAUUUCUGAAUUAUACGUGAUAUUCUCUAAUUUUAUAUAAAUUUUCAAAAAAUUUCCUGAUCCUCUAUAUUCGGUAAUUAUCUAAAUACCAUAUUGCUAAAUGCGUUAUUUUGUGCACUUGCGAUGGAAAUUGAAUGAAUGUUUCUUUAACUAAAUUCAUUCGAGCUUUCACAGACGAUAUGGUAAUGGAAUAUUUUUAAUUUUUUUUUUUCUUCUUUUAUUCUGGCGAAAUUAUAACAAUCGAUCGUGAACUUCACCUCAGUUCUGUUUAACAUGAAAUUUUUGGAAGAGGAAUAAGUUGAAACGUAUAAACUGCUCGAGAAAUUUAUCAAAUUUACAAAAUAAUAUAAGUUUUAUCAAGUAAAUAAAGACACGUAAAGAACGGAUCUGUUAUUCGGCAAAACCUUGCGAUGGAUAUUCCAAAAUUUUUCAGCUAUAUGAAUACUCUGUAAAACGUAAAUUCCAAUAUUACAAAAAAUGUACAACUUGAGGAAAUCACACGUCUUGUUAAUUUUCAAAAUUAACGAAACUUAAUUUUUUGGUAAUUGACAAAUAAAGUGCAGAAAAAAAAUAAUGCAAAUCAAAGAACUGAGCUUUGAGGUGACUAGCUGAUCGAAUUAAAAUCCCCCUUAUGCCCGCAAUUUAUUACACUAUUUGUCACUGUGUCUUCGUUUUUACAGUAUGUGACAUAUUCGCAGACAGCUACGGUCACGAGUUCGAAAUUAUAAAUUCAAAAACGAUUCUCGUGCCAUCAUAAUUUUUACCGAUGAUCUCGAGACUUCGGAUCGCAAAUUGACUAUACAUACAAUAUUAUAGGUAUAUGUAUGUAGGUCCAAAUUUUCCAUAUUUUUAUCCAUAAUCUGUACACAUUACAUUAUAACGAUAAUGCCUUUAUCUACCAUGUAGCUCGAUUAACCUGUAGUUACUAGAAGUCGGAUUCAGCUCUACGUUAUGGCUUUCUUCAGCGCAAUCCUCCCACGAAUGUAUAAUUUAUUUGAAAAUAAUAUUAACAAUUAUGCAGAUUUUCGAUUUAUUAGAAAUAAAUAUUAAUAUUAACUAUUACAACUAUCCUCGCGUAGGUGUGGGUGUAGUUAUAUACUUGUGAUACGAUUUAUUAUUAUUAUUAUUAUUAUUAUUAUUAUUAUUAUUAUCAUUAUUAUAUCACCAUUGGAAAUAUAAAAAUUAAAUAUUACGGCCAUAUUAUUAAUACACGUAACAAAAAAUCGAGUUCAAAUAAAGGUUGACGUUUAUAUUGUAAAGAAGAUAGUCUGAAUCAGUCCAUUUUUUUUUACUUACACACAUAUUCACAUCUGUAGCCGAAAAUCUAGACGAAAAUACUGCUACUGGGAUUUGGAGGGCGGAAUGAUUUUCUAAAAGGUAAAGUACUUGCGCGCAAACGCAAGCAGAUGAAGCAAUUGUAGAUCAUGUCAGUUUUGUUGCGUAUUUAUUUUUCAUUUAUCAAAAAAUCAACCGAUCGCAACGUCGCGAUUAAACGAUAUAGACAAUUAUAAAUGGCAUAAAUUUCACGAGAUUCGAUGAAAUUAUCGGCCAGUUGUACAAUUGAAAACCCAUUGUGAUUUGGACUUACGGUAUAUCUGCACAUCGUAAAGAGGCUGGUGCAGAAAUCUCUGUGAACCGAUUACGAAAAAUCUGUUCUGGAGACAGCUUCAGCACCGUUGGUAAUUCAGUUAUAAUAUACAUAGUUAGAAUAAGAGAUUCAGCUUCUUCUACUGGCAAAUAGGUUCACAAUUGUAGAUAUAUAUAUAUAUAUGUAUAUAUAUAUAUAUAUAUAUAUAUAUAUAUAUAUUUUGCCGGGUUAAGGCUACUCUAUAAACAUUAUACACACGUUUUCAACUUGUACAUAUUAAAGUUUAUUUUAUACAUUAUUAUUUCCGCCAUUUCGUAUUUGAGCCGUUUUAUAGAUUUCGCAGAUGCGGAAUUAUAUUUACAAAUCUGCCGUUAAUAAUAUUCAAGUAUGUAUACAGAUCGAUAGACAGGGACCCAAUUUAUUGCAAUUAUUCCCAAACUUCAUUCAAGUCAAUUUAUUAUCUUUCCGUUCAAGCAGGUCUUCCACUCAUUUUUAGUACAAGACAAGUUAUGGAUGUAAGUAUAUAAGAAUUGAAAGGAGAUAUUACUACGUUACUGCAAGGGCGAUCACGACAAUUUUUAGAAACAACAGUCUGCAUAUUGUGAGGUAAAGAUAAGUUCAACAUUUUGAGGUCAGUAAAUAAGCCGUCAACUGUUUUCUGACGUAUCUGCCCUUCGAAGGGGGUCCUCCUCAGAUCUGUACUUUAUUCGC